GGACAAUAUGGCUGCGCCCAUAGAUCUCAAUGUUGCCAGAAAGAAUUUGGAGGAAGCCCUAGGCGACACUAUAUCAUUAUAUUUUCAAAAUCUGAAAAAUUGGUUCAAACAAAAGAUAUCUAAGGAAGAUUUUGAUUUAGAAUCAAGAAAGUUGUUCAAGUCAGAAGAAGUUCAUCUACACAAUGAGUUUUUGUUAGCAAUAUUAUCACGAUGUCAGAUGCUUGGUUCUACUCUCAUUCCUAAAGAUCCAACCAUAAAACCAGUUCAUUCUGGAGGAAGUAAAUUAUUAAAGAAAGGAAAGUUAAAACGUAGAUUACCGGAUGGUAGAGGAGAUUACAUACAGAGAUUUUCACCUGUGAAUGCUACAGCUUAUAUACCAGUAGCUAGUAUUAGAUCUACAGAUGAUGAACUUAGACUUAGUUUUGUGGCGAGAGAAUGUUUAUUACCUGAUGAAUCCAUGGUGCAUGGCCGUAUGUUAGUCUCGGCCUGGGAAACUGGAUUACAGGAAGUAAAUGAAACAGCAGUAAAAGUUAUAGUACAAGCUGUUGAGACUGAAUUGAAAAAUAUUUUAAGUUGUGUUUUAUCAAGACGGAGUGGGUAUAAACUGAGAGAGAAUAAGUUUAAGUUUGCUAUGGGUAGUGAUAUUAUAAAUCCAUAUUUAAGACAUAGUAACCUUCUACAUGAUUAUAGUAUGGAUCAAGAAACUACGAAAUUAUCUACUGCAGGAAAUCAGAUACCAUGUUUAAAACCUCCGUUAGAUAUCGGUGAAGCUGGGGCAACUCAACAAUUAUCAGCCAUUACAAACCCACCUAGUGAUAAGGGGCAUGUUACUCUGUAUGACUUACUAGAUGCCUUGCAAUUGAAUAGAAAUACCAUUCCGUCUCAUUCCGUGUAUGCACCAACGAUAGAACGUAUUAUACACAAGUUAUGGCAUCCGAGUCAUGAAGAAUUAGACCAAGAUAGUAUACAUCAACAAGAGAUUAAUUUAAAACAACAAUUAGCCAAUGAACAAUCAGCUGUUAGUUGAUAGUACAAGUGCCAUAAUUAUUAUCUCUACUUAUAUAGGCAGCAUUUCAGUGUUGACAUAAAAUUACUCUUGAAGUGGACUCUGAAGUGGAAUACUCUUGAGAUAGUUUGAUUGUGCUUAAAAAACAAUAUUACAUGGUCUUUGUCUCAGAAUAAUUAUUAAUUGACCUUAUAUUAAGUUUAAUUAAGGAGUGAACACACAUAAGUGGAUAUUCCUUUAGACCUUAUUUAGGACACUCUUUCCAAUUGUUUAUGAAACGAUUUUGAAAUUUAGGUUAACCGGUGGACUGGACACACUAGCCGAAUGAUUUGGCUGAAUUAAUCUGCAGCGAAAUUUACGUAGUGUGUCCACUAUCAUUUGGCCGAAUGAUUCGCCUGAAUCAAACAUACAUGUACCGGUAUAUUCGGCCGAAUUAUAUUCGCUUAGUGUGUCUGCUACACUGAUGCAUUUGUCCGAAUGUAGAAUUCAUUAGCCAAUCACCACUCAUCAUUCACUCAUGUCGAGAAGUUAUGUGAUUGUUUGAAGAAAUGGUUGCCGCCAGUUUUAAUCAUGUGACGUGAAAGGUGAUGCGAUCGACUAGUGAAUCAGGCGAAGGAUUCACCUAGUGUGUCCACCCAUUCGGCAGCAUAAAAUUUGACGCCGAUUGAUUCGGCCAAAUAAAAUUUGGCACCACUUGAUUCGACCGAAUCGAAUAAAAUUUGGUGCUGAUCGAUUCAGCCGAAUAAAAUUUGGCACCCCUUGAUUCGGCCGAAUCGAAUAAAAUUUGGUGAUGGUUGAUUAAGCCGAAUAUAAUUCGGCGUCGAUUGAUUCGGCCGAAUAAAAUUCGACGCCGAUUGAUUCGGUCAAAUGAUUCAGCUAAUGUGUUCAUCACUUUAGGAAGAGAUCAGAGAAAUAGAAACAGUGAUAUUGUUCUGUUUAGGCUAAUGAAUACAAGUGUUAUGUUAUAAUUAUGACAAGAUGGGUUCAUUGCGUAUCCUUAUCGAACUGGUAAAUAAUUGUUUUAUUGUUGAUCUAAUAAUGGUAUUACAGAUAUUUCUUUCACAUUGGCAUGGACGUAAAGAACCUUUGGCAGUUGUAAUUUGAUAUAAGAGUAGGCUGUAGCGCCGCUGUCUGGACAAAAUUUCCCUCAUAGCACACUGUAUGGCCGUUUUCAUUAUCCCAGUCGGAGUAGAAUAGUAGGACGUUAAACCCGGUUUCAAAAAUCUGGAUUUAAAACUGCUUAUAAUUUGAAGAACAAUCUUGUGUAGAAUUCCCUUAAAAGGGGUCUUUUGUAGCCUGAAUGAAUCUUUGAUGUGCUAUAGAAAUUAGAAUGUGUAAAUUAUUUAAAUGAAAUGAGGCUUAAUUAACUUUCUACUUUUCUGCACCAACUCGGCUAAUGAAGACGAGCAGUGUGCUAUGAGGUACAUUUUGCCCGGAAAGUGGUCCUAUGGCUUACUCUUAAUUCAAAUUCCAUCUGUGAAGUGUACUUUUACAUGCACCCCACAGUCUACUAGAGACAAGACCCUACACCACUAACAAGGUUAAACAAAUGAAGUUUAACGUUAUACUGUUCUGUUCCGAUCUGGGCUAAUGAAGACGGUCAUACACCAUACAGUCUGCAAUGAGGGAAAUUUUGCCCAGACAACUGCACUAUGGCCUACUCUUAUAUCGAUUUCAAACUGUCAAGGGAUCCUUUACGUUCAUGCCCAUGUGUACAUGGGACCUCGUUUUUUUCGUCCCAUCUGAACGACUAGACAGUUGUCCCUGUCAGGCCCUCCUGCCUGCAUCACUGACAAGGGGGAAGCACGGCGGAAAAUCUGGAUGAACUUUCUCGGCCAAUGCAGGGAUCAAACACCCGACCUCCAGGCUAGCGAGCCAGCAUCUUGCCCACUUAGCCACCGUGACCCAUAAGGGGAAACAAAUUAAAUAGUUAGAUUGUGGAUCACAAUAAAGCCUGUAAUAGCAGUAAGUUAGGAAAUCAAGAUAAAGUCUUAAAUAUUUCUAAGUGAUAUUAUGUAUACAGUAAUACUGUCAAUUAUUUUGUUAACUUUUUAUAUGUGAAUA